CAUAUCCUUCAACAUUCUAGUUUCCGUCAGUAUAAGCUCGUCGUUACUUCAAUACAAUAGAAAUGAAUAUCCAGGUUUCGCUAUUUCUCUUCCUUUUUACGCUUCUUAUAAUCGGUAAUGCAAAUGCAAGAGGGUUUUCAUUCCGAGGUUUAUCGUCACGAGGUCCAUCAUCGUCACGAGGUUCGUCAAGAUCUGGUUCAAGCUCCUCUGGAUAUAGAAGUUCAUCAGGUGGACACACAACGGGCUCAAGCUCGACUGGCUACAGAGGUUCAUCAGGUGGACACACGACAGGUUCAAGCUCGACUAGAUAUGGAAGUUCUUCGAGCGGACACAUGACGGGCUCAAGUCCUCUUGGACAUGGAAGUUCAUCGAGCGGUCACACGACAGGAUCAAAUCCGAUUAGACAUGGAACUUCAUCGAGUCAAACCCCGCAUCAGCAAAAUAAAGAUUCAUCUACAAUUUUUAUACAUGGCGAAGGAGGAGGUGCUACUCGACCCUCUCAAACUAGUACCGGACAGUCUGGACGGCCAUCAACAUCACAUGGUGGUAUAGGAACUUAUUCAGGGAAUCAAAAAGACAGUGGAAAACCAGGUUUUACAACAGAGAAUAAACAAACUUCUGCGCCGUAUAAUCCAUCAGCUCCACACAAUCCAUCAGCACCAUACAAUCCAUCAGCACCAUACAAUCCAUCAGCACCAUAUAAUCCAUCAGCACCAUACAAUCCAUCAGCACCACGUAAUCCAUCUGCACCAUACAAUCCAUCAGUACCAUACAAUCCAUCAGCACCAUCGAUUGAUCAUAUGCCGAAAUCCACUGUGAUACCUUCGCAAAGUCACGUUCCAACUUCUUCUAAUCAACCAAAUGCGCCCUAUAAUCCAUCACAAGGAACGGGAUCCAACAAUCCUUCAUGGAGUAAUCCGCAUUUCAAUCCAGGUCAUUCCUAUCCAUCAGGUUCAACUUCCACUAAUAUUGGCUUCAAAGAUCAUCUGCGACCAAAUCCGAUGCCCGUCCCUUCGCACGUUCCCACGCCUUAUCCGCGUGCUCCCUAUCCCAUUUCUGGUUCCAAUUCACAACCUCCUCCUUAUCCUGGUUAUCCCGUCGGUCAUCCGAGUCAACCUCACUCCACGUAUCCCAGUACGUCCCACAUACAUCCCAGUUACUCCGUUCCCAGUCAAACGGUCGGACAUCCUUCCGGUUAUCCGUCGCAUAUUCCACCACCCAUGCCGGGUACAUUCGGGAACCCUUACUCCACCCAUCCCAUUGGCGGGACGCAUGGCGUUGGACAUAGUUAUUAUCCUCAACAGCACGUUCUGGCGCAGCCGGCAGCACAACCAUACAUACCUGGACAAACGGUGAUAAUGGUUCCCGGUCAGCAAGAUAGCGGCAGAGGCUUCGGCCAGCUGGUGAAGGAGGCACUCGUGUUCUCCACCAUCAAUGCCGGUGUGAAUAGGCUGUUAAAUCCGCAUCAUUACAUGUCAUCCGAUUACAGCAGACCGGCAAGCACUAGCACGAGCGAGACGCAUAUAACUUACAAUAAUCAUUAUUUUAACACUGCUCCUCCGAGCGACGCCUCGGGCACUGCUUCCUCAGCUUCGCCGAAUCUACCUCCGGGAAGCGCUCAAGUUACAUAUCCCGCCAGUCCAAAUCCGGUAAACAAUCCGAUUAUUACUCCGGGUGUAUCAAUCCCUCCGAUUGUCGGGAACAACGCUAGCGUGACGUAUCCAGUUGGCGGAUCUUCUGUAAACACAAUGGGUACAGCUAGCAAAGUGGAAGGUCCUCCAGCUAGUGGACUCUCCGCCAACAAUAAAAUGAAUAAUCAAGGAGCACCCAAUGAAGGAACAUCUUAUUCUCCGCAAUACAGGAUAUCGGACGAUGAGCUAGAGAGGUUGAGUGAAGAAUUGUUUCUGAAACAAGAAAUCAAUAUGUCUAAGUAUUUGUCAUUACACCUUCAAAGUAAAUCUGUAAAUAUGACCGAUGCAGCUAGAGGACCAUUAAUUCAUGUGCAACAAGAGGCAUAUGAAUAUCCAACGAUUUCAGCUAUUCGAGCGCUCUACGACAUUUACGAACACAAUUCUACCGUGAAGGAGACUCGCACGCCGGAAAAACGAAAGAAAGAGAAUCUUCUGUUAGACAUAUUCCUGAACACGAAUGUAAUGGCUAGAACUAUGCAAUGGUUGUCAGAUCGAGGUUUCAUCGAUCCUGAUGAUUUCGAAAAGAAGGAUACGUUGCAACAUAUCUGGUUCAACCAGUUUGAUGGUUCCACUUCAGGGUUCGAGCGAGUGUUCACAUCUGAAAGAUAUGGCAUGGAUCUUCUUGGUGUGCAGGACUGGAUUUACUUUAAUUAUCAAGAAUCGAAGAAUCGUAUUCAUUAUAUGGGAUACGUCGAUACGGUGAAGCUCGGUGAUAGAGCCUCCUUGGUAAAACUGAACUUCCAAAUGGAUGAUGUUAUUAGGCCAAACGCAACGAUAUUCGUGGGCACGCUUCCCGAACUCGAGAUGUCCUUAUAUACGAUAUGCUUUUACGCCAGACCAAAUAAUCUGUGUCCCGUUUCUCUUGGUGGAACCAAAUUUAAUAUUUUCACACAUUCGUUCAGAUAUUACGGGAAAGAUCUGAUAGAUCUUGGUCGAACUGCGGUAGUAACACGUCGACUUUGCAUUAGCAAACAGUGCAUAUCCCUCAGAGAUUUCUUCGAGUUUUUAACCGACGGAUAUAGCGAUACAGCAGAGGCAAAGGGGGCAACAACGAAUAUGAGAAUCAGAACAAUAAUUCUAAUUUUUGUGAUUGUGAUUUUAUACAUUUUCGACGAUGUAAAUGCAAAAAGAUUCGGAUCUCUGCGGAUUCUUGGAGGUUUAUCAUCACGGGGUGGGUCGUCACGAGGUUCUUCUUCGUCUAAUUCAAACUCCAACUCUGGACGACGAAGAUCAUCGAGCGGUUUCGGACAAUACGAUUCCGACGAUUCAUCGAUCGCAAAAAAUUAUGAAUACGAAAGUUCAUCAGGUGGACGUGUGACGAGCUCAAGCUCAACUGGAUAUAAGAGUUCCUCGAGUGGGGAUAUGAGAGGAUCAAAUUCCUUCGGGAGACAGGGAAGUUCAUCGGGACGCUCAUCAGGAUCAAGCUCUUCUAAACGUAGAAAGUCGAGUCAGACUUUUCAUCACCGAAACAAAGAUGCAUCAAGUUUCUUUCACGGUGAAAGACGUGCCAAUCGACCUCGUAUAUUCAGGACUUACUCCACGCGUUCCGUUGACGGCGUAGCUGGACGCGAUCAUCGUCCUGAGCAACACGUCCUGACGCAGCCGGCAACACAACCGUACAUACCUGGGCGAACGGUCAUCGCAGUUCCCGAUGAGAAAGACCGAGAGUUUGGUGAAUUAAUAAGGAGGGCACUCGUAUUCUCCGUAAUCCGGAAUGGUGUAAACGGACUGAUAAACUCGCAUCAUUAUGUGUCUGAUUACAGCACAUCGGCAGGCAGCGAUACCGGGACGAGCGAAAUGCAUAUGAAAAAUAAUGUAUCGACCCCCGAAAUCUUCGAAAGCAAUGAUAACUUGACAGAUAGCGAUAUCUCCAUGAACACAACGGGCACUGUUGGAAAUGUCGAAAAUACCGCGGUUAAUACAUUUUCUAGUGAAUUUUCUGUUGACGAUACAGCAAACGAUCAGGGAUCCAAUGAAGAAACGAAGAAUAUUCAUUCUUCAUAUAAAAUAUCGGACGAGGAUCUGGAAACGUUGACUGAAAUGUUGUUCGCGAAACAAAUGGUCAUUUCGAUGUGGUUGACGUUAAAUUUACAGAAUAAAUCUGAGAACUUUAUCGAUGAUUCAGCUCAAGAACCAUUAAUUUACGUACAAGAAGAAGCAUAUGCAUAUCCAACAAUUCUAGCUAUUCGAAAGCUUUAUGACAAUUACGAACAUAAUUUCACCGUGAAGGAGACUCGCAUGGUGCCAAAGCGAAGGAGAGAGAGCGGUUUAUUAAAUAGUUUGUUGCACUCACAAGUAAUGGCUACUGCUAUGCAAUGGUUGUCAGAGCGAGGUUUCAUCGACUAUUUUGAGAGGAAGGACAUUUUGAGGUAUAUCUGGUUCAACCAGUUCGAUGGUGUCACUUCAGGGUUCGAGCGGGUGUUCACGUCUGAAAGAUACGGCUCAGACAUUCUUGGUGUGCAGGACUGGAUUUACUUUAAUUAUCAAGAAUCGAAGAAUCGUAUUAAUUAUAUGGGAUACGUCGAUACGUUGAAGCUCGGUGAUAAAGCCUCCUUGGUAAAACUGAACUUCCAAAUGGAUGAUGUUAUUAGACCUAACGCAACGAUAUUCGUGGGCACGACUCCCGAACUCGAGAUGUCCUUAUAUACGAUAUGCUUUUACGCCAGACCAAAUGAUCUGUGUCCCGUUUCUCUUGGUGGAACGAAAUUUAAUAUUUUCACACAUUCGUUCAGAUAUCACGGGAAAGAUAUGAUAGAUCUUGCGCUUCCUAUUUUCUAGUUCUGUAUUAUGUACAUAUAAUUAAAUAUUUGGAAGUAAUAUAAAUUACAAAAUAUAUAAUGUGAACGUAAUUUUAUUAAAAAUAAAAUAUAUUAAACAUAUUAAUGUAAGAAUUAUCGUAUAUAUGAAUUAAUUUCGUUUAAUUUUUAAUUCUUAUAAUAUGUUUUAUGUAAUAAACGAUAUAUAUUUUAAUCUCUUUUAAUGAAAAAAUUUUGUGAACUUAUUAUAAAAGUAGUAAUACUUGUUUUAUGUAAUAAAAAUAAAACUAAUGUAUGAAUUUUUAUAAUUAAAUAAAUUAUACUUCU